AUGAAUCCACCACCACAACAAACAGGCAAGCAAAUGCACACGCCGCCCAAUAACAGAGGCAAUCAUCACCAUCCGUAUCAACAACAACAACAACAACACAAUCCGAAUAAUCAGAACAGAAAUUCAGGAAUGAUGGGUAGAGGACCACGUAUUCCGAAACAACAACAAGAUGGUUCAACUCAACAACCUCAAGGAGGGAUUGCUGCAGCUUUGGCUCAAAAUCCUUCUCUAGGAGAUAAAAACUAUCAUCAUCAUCAUAAUCAACAACAACAAAUGACAUCAUUUCCUGUGGGACAAGCUAAUAAUACUGAUGAGGGCCCGAUCAUGCCAAACUUUAUACAGCAACCCCAAAGUAAGAUGGUGUUUGAUGGUAAACGUAUGAGAAAAGCCAUUGAUAGACAAUUCAUUGAUUACAAUCCAACUGUUAUUCAAUUGAUGAGAACAAGACUUUAUGAAAGAUCUAAACACGAUUUUCAAUACAUUCCUCCGAAUCCUGCAUAUGAAAUUAAUUUACUUCCACCAUCAUCAAUUAGACAAAAUCCAACAACAUGUAUCGCUACCAAGUUCGAGCACGCAAGUAUAAACAAGAUGAAAUGUCCAAUCCAUGUAGUGUGUUGGACGCCAGAUGGAAGAAGAUUAUUAACAGGAGCAUCCACGGGAGAAUUUACACUUUGGAAUGGAAUGGCUUUUAACUUUGAAACUAUUCAACAAGCUCAUGAUGUCGCAAUCAGAGCAAUGGUUUGGAAUCACAAUGAUACGUUCAUGGCAAGUGCUGACAACAGUGGAGUGAUAAAAUAUUGGCAACCAAACAUGAACGGAGUGAAAACGAUUAAAGGACAUGAGGAAUGUAUCAGAGAUUUGGGAUUCGCUCCCUCAGACUCUAAGUUUUGUAGUUGUUCAGAUGAUGGUACUGUAAAAGUCUGGGAUUUUGAAAGAGCAGCUGUAGAAAAAACGCUAAGUGGUCACAGUAGUGACGUAAGAUGUUGUGAUUGGCAUCCAAGGAACAGUUUAAUAGCAAGUGGAGCCAAAGAUUAUUUGGUCAAACUGUGGGAUGCUCGUUCAGGAAAAAACGUUGCCACACUCUAUGGACACAAAAAUACAAUUUUUAAUAUCAAGUGGAAUAUGAACGGAAACUGGGUGUUAAGUUGCUCAAAAGAUCAACUUAUCAAGUUGUAUGAUAUCAGAUAUUUGAAGGAAUUUCAGACAUUUAAGGGUCACAACAGAGAAGUCACAUGUCUAGCAUGGCAUCCUUAUCACGAAAAUUUAUUUAGCAGUGGAUCCUACGAUGGAAAUAUAAUGUUCUGGGUUGUUGGUAACAAAUCACCUCAAGCAAAAAUUAAGGAUGCACAUGCCAAUGCUGUAUGGGAUUUAGCAUGGCACCCUUUUGGACAUGUUUUGUGCUCUGGUAGUAAUGACUAUUCCACAAAAUUUUGGGUCAGAAAUAGACCUGGUGACAAAAUGGAUGACAAGUAUAAUGUUCAUGAACUUCCUGCUGAUGCUCAGCAAUUACUUCAGAGCAUGGGUAAUCAACAAAAAACACAACAGCAAGUUCACAAAGAAGAAACUCAUAUCAGUGAUCAUGCAACAACAACAUCAGAUUUAUUCACAUCAGGUAUUUUGCCAGGUCUUGGCUCCACCUCGUCCUCUCUUCCUGGCUUAGGUUUUGGUUCCUCAUCUUCGAGUCUUCCAGGGUUGUAA